CACCAACGCCGUGCUCUGCUCUGCUCUGCCCUGCCAGCGAGAGCGAGUCUGUGGGCAGCAACAGCAGCGCCGCUCCGCACCACCACCCAGCGGACCCGUCCGAGCAGUCGCUGUGCUGUGCUUCUGCCCGCUGCCUGAGCGUGAGCGUGCAAGCGCGAGCGCUACUCGACUCAGAACGACGCUACCGACAUCACGACGUCUCCCCCCAACGACCCAGACCGCACCACCCCUCGUCCGGGCCCGACGCCAGCGCUGUGCCGUGCGCGGUUGUCUGCACAACGGCGCCCCGUUUCCUGUCCCCGCCCUCCACGAGAUAGCAUUGGCUGUGCCCCGUUGCGACCACCGACGGCGCUCCCAUUCGACACGACGCUGCCGGCGACACCGCGAGCUCUUGUUCACCGUCUGCGCGCACGCCGUGUUGCACCACAUCCCUCGCACGACAGCUCCGGCCCAGCACCAGCACUGCGACGCGGCGCAUACCCGCAGGACAGCGGCCUUUGUUCUGCGACAGCCGUCAGUCAUUGUCUCGCGCGUAGCUGCAAUCUCCCGCCUAUUGGGGCUUUUUGUGGUCUCGCAAUAGCAACGGCGGAAGUGCCACCGCAUGUAGCCUGCUUCAUCUCCUGCACCUCUGGUACAGCCGUUUCUGCACACCUGCCCGUCCGGGCCCGCAGCCUAUUGCCGUCAUCGGCAAGCAAGCCAGGCUGAGACGCGAAUAAAUGAUAGACAUGCCGCGGCACCCCAAGCCACAAGAGCUCAAGCUCAGCGAGAAAGGAGUACGAGAGAACGGUGUGCAGCCUGGGCCGAACAGCAGUCCUAUGAACCUUCAGGGCGUGGAUUUGGGUUCCUUUGGAGGCGGUUUCGAGCACGACGUAGCCGCAGGACUGACACCUCUACCCAAGGAACAGGGCAAAUAUCCACAAUCGCCGCCAGGAUCUCCACGGGCGCACAACAGGGAUUCGUCAAAGAAUCUCUUGAGCAGCUUCCGGAACAAGCUGUCCAACGAACAGGAGGAGAGAAAGAACUCGCGGCAGGGAAGAAACGAGAAAGAGGAGUACCGACCAGGAACGAGUUCAGUCUCCAAGAUAUACCAUUUGAGGAACAACCCAGGGAGCACACCGGAAUUGAGUCUGGUAGGAAGUCAGGAGGCAAUCUCAAAGCAAUCAUCGGAAAGUGAAAAGCCAGCCCUACCGGCCAGACCGCAACCUACGCCAAAGCAUAGCCAGGAUAGCACCGCUUCGCGACAGAGGUCGGAGAGUAAGAAAGAGAACAAAGGCCUUCUUGGACGCAUGGGCAGAAGAGCAUCGGUUCGAAGGGGUUCUAACGCGACAGGAUCGAGACCUGCGACAUUGAACGGCGACGGGAACCAGUCCGGAGACGGGAACAAGCAUGAUAAAGAUUCGUUCGAUCAUCAGUCACAACACAUGGCUCCUUCAGACAACGACUGGCCAGGAUCGGACGCGAGACUGAAGGGCAAACACAAGGAGGACAAACGAGGAAAAUCCGAAGAGCGCUCAAUGGCGAUCGCUAGUCAGGAGAAUCUCUCGUCCUCGUUUCCAAAGGCGAAAGACAAGAAGGAGGGUGGCGGUUUCAUGAGCGGGCUCAAGAAAGCGACAGGAGGCUUUCUGGGCCGCACCAAGAGCGACUUUAAGUCCCACAUACCCGACAGUGAAUAUGUCAUCAAGGUGAUCAACCUUCCACUUAUCGAACAGACACGGGCCACUCGCAUUAGCAAAGAUCUGGCUUCCUGUCGCGACAAGACGGAGUAUUGGAUGCCGGCGUUGCCUUGGAGGUGCAUUGACUACCUCAACACGAAUUGCGAGAACGAGGGUCUGUAUCGUGUCCCUGGCAGUGGACCGCAGGUCAAGCACUGGCAACGACGAUUCGAUCAGGAACUGGAUAUCGACCUGCUCGACGCAGAUAUCAAAGACACGAACGAGAUUGCGAGCAUGCUCAAGGCCUGGUUCCGCGAGCUGCCUACUGAAGUCAUGCCAGCCUCGCUGCAAAAGUCCUUGGGUGCGGAACUGGAGAAACAGAAUCCAAACUACAGGAACCAAGGCCAAGAGGCACCCCAACUGCUACGCGAUGCCCUCUCGGAGCUCCCACCAUUCAACUAUUAUCUCUUGUUCGCCAUAACCUGCCACCUGUCUUUGCUGCUUACCAACAAGGACCGCAACAAGAUGGAUCUCAACAACUUGGCGGUCUGCGUCGGGCCGUGCUUGAACCUGGAGCGAUGGCUCUUCAACUAUUUGGUCGGUGAUUGGCGGCAUUGCUGGCAAGGUUGCUUCACCGAGAAAGAGUAUCUCAACAUCGAGCGACUCGUCGAAGACGGCCACGAUCCAGAUAAGAUUACUUUCAAGAAGAAGCCUAUGGGUGACGAGCAUUCGCUGUCCAACAGCUUAUGGGCGUCGACGAUUGGCGACGACGCGCCAUCGGAAAACAUGUCUACCGAUGACCGCGCUAUUAGCAGUGGCAGCAGCAACCAACAAGGCAGCAACUACGACCGCCGAGGCUCGCACGUGGACCUGCACAAUCGUGGGAACAAUAAUGCAAAUCCAAUGACCUAUGUACCCGCGGGAGCCAAUGCCUAUGGAGGCAACCAUGGCUUGGGCAUUGAGCAGGAGAUCCAACGACCCUCCACAGCUCAAGGAGGGCCACCUCCAAUGAACACGACCGGCAUGCAGCAGCAGCCCCAACAACAUCAGAAGACCAGGUCCAACAGCUCUACACCCCGUGUGGGCCAUCAGCGGAGCCGUAGCGACCUGCCUCCUGCAACGCCGGUAAAGACGAACGCUGAUUACGGUUUCCCAGUUCGCUCAUCAUCACGACCGCCUUCAAGAUCAUCCAUGCGUCGAGGAUGAAUGACUUAGCCCUUGGCCAGACAAGAUUGGCUUGACACGAGGUCAGCGAAAGGACACCGAUUCAGCAAACACUAGCUCGGGUUGCUCCCACCAUCGUCGCUUCGGAAUGUGCUACUGCUAUGCCACGACGCGUUCUGACAUCUGCGAACUACGAACCCACUCCUCCGUCCCAUCAGCUGUUUACGGAUACCCCACUUGUUGCGCUUUGCCGCGAAGGAGCGACGGAGUUCACAUUAUCUCACUCGGACAACUUGCGUCAGCAAGCUGUCUCUUUUCGAUACCAUACUGGAGCAUAGGCGCUGGGCGCGAUUAAUGGCUACAUGACCGAUCUUGAUUAGUCUUCUGAGCGAGCUGUGAGUCCAGGCUCAAAAGCUUCUUACUCCAAAGGUCUCUUCGCUUGAAAAGUCCCGAUUUUUCGAGGCGGAGCCUGCUGCUUGCAUGUUUUAACUACGGGACGUGGGGCAAUGAGGCCAGUGUACGAUUAUAGCUAGCUAGCGAGACGCUAUGAAAUGUUGUGAUGCGCAG